GCCCAUGUCAUGGUAAUUUUGUUCUUACGUUGUCUCUUGCCUGUCUGUUUUACGUGGACUAGGUUUCAAGGGCCGUGAACUUUAUCAUGUUUGAAAGGCCCAAAAGUCAAACAUGAAUUACCAGUGGUAAAUAAGUUACAGUAAACCCAUGGUAAAUAGAAGUCCGGAUACAGGUAACGUCUUCCCGGGAAGCAUCUGCCGCGCUGAUGAACCAGUCCGUCUGAACAUCGAGCUUCGAGCGUAAUGACAAAUGAAAUAAAGGAGGGCGAGAGAGAGAGGGCAAUGUCCAGGGCUCGCGUUUACACAGACGUCAACGUUCAACGCCCAAGAGAUUACUGGGAUUACGAAUCUCACACUCUUCAAUGGGGUGCACAAGAUGACUAUGAGGUUGUUCGGAAGGUUGGAAGAGGAAAAUACAGUGAGGUCUUUGAAGGUGUGAAUGUCACCAACAAUGAAAAAUGUGUUAUCAAGAUCCUUAAACCCGUCAAGAAAAAGAAGAUUAAAAGGGAGAUAAAGAUACUGCAGAAUCUUUGUGGUGGUACAAAUAUUGUGAAGCUGCUUGAUAUUGUUAGAGAUGAACAUUCAAAAACUCCUAGCUUGAUCUUUGAAUAUGUGAAUAGUGAAGAUUUCAAAGUGUUGUACCCCACACUGACGGAUUAUGACAUUCGCUACUACAUAUAUGAACUUCUCAAGGCAUUGGAUUACUGCCAUUCGCAGGGCAUAAUGCAUCGAGAUGUCAAGCCUCAAAAUGUUAUGAUCGAUCAUGAGCUCCGAAAACUUCGCUUGAUUGAUUGGGGUCUCGCUGAAUUCUACCAUCCUGGCAAAGAGUACCAUGUUCGAGUAGCUUCAAGGCACUAUAAGGGCCCUGAACUCCUUGUGGAUUUGCAAGAUUAUGACUAUUCGUUAGACUUGUGGAGCCUUGGAUGUAUGUUUGCAGGAAUGGGUUCUCUUUCCUUGCAGAUCUUUCGCAAGGAACAAUUCUUCUAUGGUCGUGACAAUCAGGACCAGCUAGCGAAAAUUGCUAAGGUUCUUGGAACAGAAGAAUUAAAAGCAUAUUUGAAUAAAUAUAACCUUGUGCUUGAUCCUCAGCUCGAGGCUCUUGUUGGAAGGCACAAUAAGACGCCAUGGUCAAGAUUUAUUAAUGCAGGAAAUCAGCAUCUGGUUUCUCCAGAGGCCAUUGAUUUUCUAGAUAGGCUUCUUCGAUAUGAUCAUCAGGAAAGGCUUACAGCAAGAGAAGCAAUGGAUCAUGCAUGCUUCUCCCAAGUGAGAAGUGCAGAAAAUAGCUGGAUACGGACGCAGUAACACCAGACUCCAACUAAAUCCUUUGGUAAAAAAUACUUUUAUCCGCUGUCUUUCCAUGUAGCCUGUGAAUGAUCACCGAAGGAAAAUAUUUACCUAACUUAGGUUGUUCAUUACAUUCAUUAUUUGAAAUUUUAAUGACGAUAUUCUUCUUUUA